CAAAAUCCCUUCUCAAGCCUCCAUCAAAUAAACCAUUCUCACUUGCCAAUAACACAGCAGCACAUCUCUUUGGGGAGAGAGAGAGAGAGAAAGAUGGCCACCAUCACUGCAAGCUCUGCAACCUCCUUGGUCUCAUGCAGAGGUCUCUGUCCACAGCAGAGACCUCUUGGGGUUUCAUCCUUCCCUGUCCUUGGGUUGCCUGCAAUGGCAAUGAAGGGAAGAGUCAAGUGUUCUGCCGAGGGGAAGCCGUCAGAGCCGGAGAAAGCCUCCAGCGCUGGCAUGAGCGCGUCGCUGGUCGCGGCCCUGUGCGCGGCGACCGUGUCGAGCCCGGCCAUGGCUCUGGUGGACGACAGGAUGAGCACCGAAGGGACGGGGCUGCCGUUCGGGUUGAGCAACAACCUGCUCGGAUGGAUCCUGUUGGGGGUGUUUGGGCUCAUCUGGGCUCUCUACGUCAUCUACGCCUCGAGCCUUGAAGAGGAUGAGGAGUCGGGAUUGUCUCUCUGAGCUUAGGUGAGAGGAUCAUUCAGGGGAAUAUGUAGAAUCCACAGAGAUUGUUCACUCAAAUGUGCCUGUAGCAUAAACUACCCUUUGCUUGUGAAAUCUUAUGUGUAUUCGUAUUUUCGUUAAUAGUCUUCUCUUUCGAAUCAUUUGAUCCUAUAUUACAACU